UAGUGAAUGCGGGGUCCGGGGAGAGCGGAUAUAGUGAAUGCGGGGUCCGGGGAGAGCGGAUAUAGUGAAUGCAGGGUCCGGGGAGAGCGGAUGUAGUGAAUGCGGGGUCUGGGGAGAGCGGAUAUAGUGAAUGCGGGGUCCGGGGAGAGCGGAUAUAUAGUGAAUGCGGGGCCCGGGGAGAGCGGAUAUACGGAUAUAGUGAAUGCAGGGUCCUGGGAGAGCAGAUAUAGUGAAUGCGGGGUCCGGCGAGAGCGGAUAUAGUGAAUGCGGGGUCCGAGGAGAGUGGAUAUAGUGAAUGCAGGGUCCUGGGAGAGC